GAGAGCUACACGCCGUCGCCGUGGGGAAGCCCGGUGCCGGUGUCGUUCAGACACGGCGACCACAAGUUUGACCGCACGGCAGGGUACUCGUUUGGCAUGGAGCAGGAGCGGCUGCAGAGCAGCAGUGGGACUGAGGCGCAGCGUAUAGGAAUUGUUGGUGCAGGGGCGGCAGGACUGGCAGCGGCGCGGAUAUUCUCGCAGGACCCAAAGAACGAGAUUACAGUAUUCGAGCGGAGCAACGAUGUAGGAGGGAUCUGGAACUUUUCUCCCGACGUCAGCAUCAAAUACAAUGUGCCGCAGAACUCACCAGCAAACGCCAUCACCGUAGGCUUCGACACGCCUGCGAGCACAGGCGGGUAUCCGACGCCAGUCUACGGGGAGUUGCGGACGAACCUGCCCAAGGACGUGAUGGAGUUUGCCGACGCAAAGUUCCCAGAAGAUGUGCCAGAAUUUCCCACGCACCAGCAAGUGAACGAGUACCUUCACAGAUACGCCGAUACCUUUGGGCUUUUGCGGUUCGUCCAUCUGAACACUGAGGUGGAGGCGCUGGUUGCACGGUUCGAGGAGCAGGUCCAGGCCAAGCAACUGCACUGCUUCGAUGCCAUGCUAGUCUGCAUUGGCAGGUGCACGCACCCACUGAUCCCAGAUACUGUUCUUGUGGUGGGCUUUGCGUCGUCAGGCUCUGACUGCUCCCGCAUGCUGAGCUACACGGCAAAGCGCGUCUACGUCUCAAUGUCAGAGCCCCCGGCUGCUAGCCAAGGUCUGGACGAGCCGGUCCUGGAUAGCCCGGCUGGCAAAUUCGGUGCAAAGUGCAACCCUGAUAACAUGCCAGAGGCACGGCCGCAUAUCAGGGAGAUUGAUGUCGAGAGCAACGCUGUUGUGUUUGAGGAUGGCACAUCCAUUGAGAUUCCCGACGUGAUUAUUUAUGCCACAGGGUAUCUGUCGCUGUUCCCGUUCAUUCGCAGUGCAGACGACUUGGCCCUGCAGCCGAGCGACGUUGAAUACUCGCCGGAACUCACCAACGGCAUAGUAGUCCACGAUCUCUACAAGUACACGAUAUACUCACCGAACCCGACACUGGCGAUUCUCGGCCUCCCGUGGCGGGUGGUGCCGUUCCCGAUGUACCAGUACCAGUCACUGCUGAUGGCACGGGUUUGUGCAGGACUGGCAUUGCCUGGGCAGCAACAAAUGAAGCAAGAGUGGGAUAGUGUUGUCAGCGCGAAGCCGGGCAAGAAGAGGUUUGACAUGGGCCUGGGACAGGUGGAGUUCCAGAACGACAUCCUCGACUUUGUUGGUGGCUCGGAGCUGCUGAGCCGCGUUCGCGAGUCGUGGGUGGAGCGACGCAAGCAGGCACCAGGAGCUACGUAG